UCAUUUAUGCAUAAAGUCUUCUAUAGGUCAUUUCAGUAUUCUGUCCACUGCUCUUACUAAAAUUUGCAACAGUAUACAACCAACAUUUCACGCUCAAUGUAAAAAGGGUGAUGGUGUUUUUGAUGAUGAUGACGACGAAGAUGAUGGCGAUGGUGUUGGCUGUGGUAUCAAACCAGACACACAUAUUAUGCAAUAAAAUUAAUGAUAGAUUCGGCCUUUUUUGGAAAAACUACAACUGGAAGUUCCAGCAACAACAAUAGCGGUUUGCAAAAAUGGUUUAUUUUCCAUGACAAAAAAGACCUCUGCAAAAACAUUUAACCAAAUUUGCUUAUGGCGGAUUUUAUUUGAAUUUGAAAUGAUAAGUUUGGAUGCCACGGCAUUGCAGGGCUUAGUAGAGAAUUUCUAACUAAAGCAAUAACAUCGUGAAACGGUCUAACUAAACGAAAGGAAAAACUCAAUUCCAUUAUUUAUUAAAAAAGUUAAGUGAAGUGAAGUGACAAAUGUUUUAAAGGCCAUGGAUUUACGGCGCAUAAUUUUCCUUUUUAUAACCUGCAUUUUGAGCUGUUGUAAUUCACAAACCUAUAGCCAAGGAUAUCGUUAUCCUGUCCAAAGGCGAGCGGGUUAUAGUUAUACACCAACAUCAUAUAAUCGUGGGGCAGUUUCGGUGUCCAAUAAUCGCAAUGCUUACUCGUCGGCCGCCAAACCAUAUUAUCGCCAAUCUUCAAGUGGUUAUCGUUAUCCUGAUGGACAAAAUUCCAAUGUAGCUGUAAAAGGAUAUAGUUCAACAGCCAAGGAUACACGUUAUCCUGGUACCUAUUCAACGGCAUAUUCAUCACGGGGAACUACAUCGUCGAGCACUCCCGUGAGGUGGUAUGCCUCAUCGGAGGAUUACAAGCGUAACAAUUACAUUACAUCUCCAUCAACCAUAUCGCAAGCUUCCAAUAACGAGGAUAACAAAGAGGCAUCACAAGACACCAAGGAUUAUUUGACAAAUUCUUACAAUGAAAACAACUCAAAAUUGUCAGGGGAUAAAAGCCGUUACCAAUCAAGUCAAAUUGAUAAAACAGACACGGAAAAUUCCAAAUUUGCCGGAGCUGAUAAUCAGGAACAAGAGGAUGAAUCAUCUCCACGCACAGCUUUGCAAAUUAAGCGACGCAAAUUGUUGAGACGACGUUUGGCAGCUGCAGCUGCUGCAAGAAAUCGUUGCCUGGCCUAUGGUCGUGAUGCGGCGGCUAACAAAAAUAUUACACCCCCACCCAGGGAGCAAGGACGUUUUCUAUUCGAUGUGAAUGUCUACAAGGUGUAUCCCCAGGCUCCGGUGGGAGCUCCCCUGGGUUGUGGUGGUGGUUUUGGCGGUGGAGGUUUCGGUGGCGGUCUCUUUGGUGAUGAUUUAGGAGGCUAUGGUGGAGGUCUUGGCGGUGGCCUAGGGGCCGGUGCUGGUUUAGCUGAUCCCCUAUUGGAUCCGCUUUACCCUCCACCCUUAAAUCAAUUUUUAGGCUUAUUUGCUCCUGGCAUACUCAACAAUGCCUUGGCCGUUACAGCACGACCCUUGGCAGAUCCUUUGCCGCCACCCACAAAUUCCGCCCAGGAUCAAGACUUGCAAAAUGACCCCGAUGUAGAUCCCGAUUAUCAGAGGCCAGUGCCGUUGCCGGUACGAAGACCAAGACCGAAUAGGGUGUACUACGAUUCAGCAGGAGCGACACCCCUUACUCCAGCCCAAUUGGUGGGCGGUGUGGCCACCACGGUCAACGGCAUCAUACAACAGCUGACGGGAAAUGUCCAGCCGGUAUAUCAAUCAUCUUAUCGAUCGAGUACCUCCAACAGGUCCAAUAGAUAUGGUUAAGAAUAAAUAACGGAAAAUGUCCUAUCAAUCGAGUACCUCAAAUAGGUCCAAUAGAUAUGAUUAAGAGUACUUUUUAAGAAUAUUGAAUGUUUUUACGAACGAUUUUACUAAUUUUAAGUAU